AUGACUGCAGCUGUUCUACCACGUCUCAGUGAUCCCUGUGCGGUCGAGAUCCCUGUGCGUUCGAGAUCCCUCUGUGUUCGAGAUCCCUCUGUGGUCGAGAUCCCUGUGGUCGAGAUCCCUGUGUGGUCGAGAUCCCUGUGUGGUCGAGAUCCCUGUGGUCGAGAUCCCUGUGUGGUCGAGAUCCCUCUGUGUGGUCGAGAUCCCUGUGUGGUCGAGAUCCCUGUGUGGUCGAGAUCCCUGUGUGGUCGAGAUCCCUGUGUGGUCGAGAUCCCUUUGUGGUCGAGAUCCCUGUGGUCGAGAUCCCUGUGUGGUCGAGAUCCCUGUGGUCGAGAUCCCUGUGGUCGAGAUCCCUGUGUGGUCGAGAUCCCUGUGGUCGAGAUCCCUGUGUGUGUUCGAUAUCCCUGUGUGGUCGAGAUCCCUGUGGUCGAGAUCCCUGUGGUCGAGAUCCCUGUGGUCGAGAUCCCUCUGUGUUCGAGAUCCCUGUGUUCGAGAUCCCUGUGGUCGAGAUCCCUGUGUGGUCGAGAUCCCUGUGGUCGAGAUCCCUGUGGUCAAGAUCCCUCUGUGUGGUCGAGAUCCCUGUGUGGUCGAGAUCCCUCUGUGUGGUCGAGAUCCCUGUGUGGUCGAGGUCCCUGUGGUCGAGAUCCCUGUGUGGUCGAGGUCCCUGUGGUCGAGAUCCCUGUGGUCGAGAUCCCUCUGUGGUCGAGAUCCCUGUGGUCGAGAUCCCUCUGUGUUCGAGAUCCCUCUGUGGUCGAGAUCCCUGUGUUCGAGAUCCCUGUGUGGUCGAGAUCCCUGUGGUCGAGAUCCCUGUGUGGUCGAGAUCCCUGUGUGGUCGAGAUCCCUCUGUGUGGUCGAGAUCCCUGUGUGGUCGAGAUCCCUGUGUGGUCGAGAUCCCUCUGUGUGGUCGAGAUCCCUGUGUGGUCGAGAUCCCUGUGUGUGUUCGAGAUCCCUGUGUGGUCGAGAUCCCUGUGUGGUCGAGAUCCCUGUGUGGUCGAGAUCCCUGUGUGGUUGAGAUCCCUGUGUGGUCGAGAUCCCUGUGUGGUCGAGAUCCCUAUCCCUGUGUGGUCGAGAUCCCUGUGUGUGGUCGAGAUCCCUGUGUGGUUGAGAUCCCUGUGUGGUCGAGAUCCCUGUGUGGUUGAGAUCCCUGUGUGGUCGAGAUCCCUGUGUGGUCGAGAUCCCUGUGUGGUUGAGAUCCCUGUGUGGUCGAGAUCCCUGUGUGGUCGAGAUCCCUCUGUAGAAUCCUUCCUGUGA